AUGAAGCUCUCACUUCUUCUCGCACUUUUGCCUGUGGCUCUUGCCCUUCCCGCCCCGGUCAUUGUUCCCCGUGCUGGCGCUCCCAUUCCCGGAAGAUGGAUCGUCAAGAUGAAGAACGAGAACCUUCAGAACCUCAUUGACGUCGCCUUGAAGGUUCUCAAGAAGGACCCUGCCCACGUCUACAAGUUCGCUGGAUUUGGCGGUUUCUCCGCUGAUAUGGCCGACGACAUUGUCGAGCUGCUCCGCAACCUGCCAGGUGUCGACUACAUUGAGCAAGAUGCUAUUGUCAAGGCUAACCUUGGCGAGUCGCACCUCGAGAAGAAGGCCUACACAACCCAGUCUUCUUCCACAUGGGGCCUUGCUCGUAUCUCCCACCAGCAGCCUGGUACCAGCUCUUACAUCUACGACACCACUGCUGGUGCUGGUACUUGCGCCUAUGUCAUUGACACUGGCAUCUACACUGCCCACCCCGAGUUUGAGGGCCGUGCUACCUUCCUCGCCAACUAUGCUGGUGAUGGUCAGAACUCGGACGGAAACGGUCACGGUACCCACUGCGCUGGUACGAUCGGAUCCAAGACCUACGGUGUGGCCAAGAAGACCAAGCUUUACGCUGUCAAGGUCCUCGAUGCCAGUGGUUCGGGCUCCAACUCUGGUGUCAUUGCCGGUAUCAACUUCGUCGCCAACGACGCCAAAACCCGCAGCUGCCCCAACGGUGCUGUUGCCAACAUGUCUCUGGGUGGAUCUCGCUCCACUGCCGUCAACGCUGCCGCGGCCAACGCAGUCAGCGCUGGCGUCUUCAUGGCCGUCGCUGCCGGUAACGAUGGUGCCGAUGCUCGCAACUCAUCGCCUGCAUCCGAGCCUACUGUCUACACCGUCGGUGCCACCGACAGCUCUGACCGCCUCGCUUCUUUCUCCAACUACGGUUCCGUCGUUGACAUCCUUGCUCCUGGUGUCUCCAUUCUCUCCACCUGGAACAACGGUGGCACUAACUCCAUCUCCGGUACUUCCAUGGCUACUCCUCACGUUGCUGGUCUCGCCGCCUACAUUCUCGGCUUCGAGGGCAAGAAGACUCCUGCUGCACUCUCCAGCCGUCUCACCACCCUGUCCCUGAAGAACAAGAUCUCCGGUGUUCCUUCCGGCACCGUCAACAACCUUGCCUUCAACGGCAACCCCAGCGGUUAA